AAAAUGACCACAAAUAUAUCAUCAAUCACUUUGGUUCAGAAAAAAGGCUCAUUGCUACCUCAAAGAUCUGAACGGAAGUCAACCUUAGAGGCAAAAGGUUACACCUUAGGGCAAACCUUGGGUGAAGGGGCAUACGCUAAGGUUAAGUUGGGAAUAUCUGCUAAACAAAACUGUCAUGUUGCUAUAAAGAUCAUUAACAAACGUCGAGCAUCAAAGGAAUAUCUUGCGAAAUUCCUGCCAAGGGAAAUUCAAGUUCUUCAAAGAUUAAAACAUCCUCACGUGACGAAAUUCUACGAAGUAAUUGAAACACAAACAAAGGUUUUUCUCAUUAUGGAGUACGCAGAAAAGGGAGAUUUGUUAGAACACUUAAACAAAAGUGAUAAUUUAGUCGAAGCGGAAAUACGUAGGAUGUUUCAACAGUUGGUUUUGGCUGUGAAUUAUUGUCAUCAAGAAAAAGUUGUUCAUCGCGAUAUAAAAUUGGAGAAUAUACUAAUGGAUAAUAAAGGACGAGUUAAACUUUCAGAUUUUGGUUUUGCUACGAGUACUUUUAAAGAAAAACCACUGGAGACGUUUUGUGGAUCUUUUGCUUACGCAUGUCCUCAGAUAUUACGUGGCGAUAGUUACAACGGUGCUGCAGCAGACAUUUGGAGUGUAGGUGUGGUGCUCUACGCCUUGUGUUGUUCCAGAUUACCGUACGGAGAUGAUGAAUUAAAAACGUUCGUAAAAAAAGGAACACCUAAGAAAUUAAUGUUCACAAGAAACGUGACGAAAGAUUGUCGCGAUCUCAUACGUCAAAUGCUCGAUCCAAAUGAGGAAACUCGCAUCACUGGUGUGCAAAUUCUUGAAAAUAUUUGGUGCAAAAAGGAUAUCGAUGACGUGCUCAAUGAAAUGCGAAGGCCAUCCCUCGCUCAGCCUCCUAUAGUCAGCAGUCGUCGAAGAUCCACACGCACUCCUAACGCACCACAAUUACCACCUGCUCUCGCACAAACGACGGACAAUAACGAAAUAGAAAAGUCUCCAAGCAACAAAGACGAACGACGACUAAGUUUCAAAGAUGAAAUUACUCAGGUUGCAUCAAACUUCGCAAACAAAUCAAGAAUAAAACAAUAUCAAUGUGACGGUAAGAUGAGACAUAGACGACAGUCUUGCAAAAAGUUACAAAAUUCAAACGAAAGACGUCGUAGUUCAUUGGUCAGUGACGUCGUUAAAGGCGAGAAAAGUCUGGUAAACCAACGGCGAAGGCAAUCCAUAACAGAAAGAAAACUGUCACUGGCAACAGAUGUCCGUGUUAUGUCACCACAACAAGCUGCCGUUUACUCGAGAAAAAUGUCUUGGAACCCAACUUUUCCCACGAACCGAGAUGAUAACGUGUCCGAAAAUAACGAAGACGAAAUGUUAAGGCGAACAAGAGAAGGCAUUGAAAAAGAACUUGGCAACCUUAAACAUACAACGGCAGGCGUCGCAGCCAGAAUGGCCGCCGAGGAAACAUUAUGCAAAGAAGAGGGAAAAAGACAUCGAAACUCAGGCAAGCAUCAAAGCGAUGACGAGCAAAAUCAAAGAUGGCGGAAAGAUUGGGAAGUUCAAGAAAAUCUGUGCGAAGAUUUAUAAACAACCAUCGAAGGCAAAGAAUCUGUUUAAUACCUAGAAUUUGUAAAAGUUAUACCUUUUCUCAAAAAGAAUCCGAACAAAGCUCUUAUUUUAUAAUGUAAAAUUUUCGUAAACAAAGUAAAUUCGGAUAAAAGACA